CCACUACUUGUUCUUGUCUUGCCGUCAGGUCCAGUCAUACAAGAUGGAGCCUGCGUCCUCGCGUGCUUCGUGUCUGACGAGUUGUUGAGCACACACCAUCCGUCAUACAAUCAUUUUUUUUCUUUGCCUGUCCGCAGUGGGUUUCGAGUCAUAUUGACGUCUUUCUCUCUCUUUUCCUCCAUCCACUCUCCUUCUUGUUCCGUUUUUCUCGUGUUUUGUUUCUCAGUUCCUUUCUCCACGUCGUCCUUCCUUGUCCUUUGUUGCCUUUUCCUACUCUGUUCCCAAUCUUCUGUCGAUCGCAGCCUUUGUGUGCCUAGACGCCAGAUCUGUACCCGCUCUCUUUCAACCAUCUUUGGGUUUGCCUACGAGUGAGGCAACGCGGUAUUGAUACCGCAUUCUUAUUCAUAAUAUUCUUCGUAUCCUGUGGAGAGAGAGCGAGUCCGAGUUGAUAUCCCUACAUACAACGCCGCUCACUGCAGAAUACCACGAUGCUCCCCAGUCUACGCAUAGCAGAUGUCGUACUGCUCCUCCUGAUCACCCAGACCACGCAGGCCGGCCCAUUAAGACGUGGUGAGAGGUAUUUCCGGAGGGAGUGGAACACAACGUACAGUCAAAGCAUUGCUGCUUCAUCAGAGAGUCUAUCACCCUCAAUAGAACUAAGCAGCUCUGUUGCCCCGCCAGUAACACAGCAAGACCAAGAUGGGACCACACCGACCCCAAUCUUCGUCACCCUCGACAGCUCAUCAACGAGAUCCCCAGCUGCAACAACACAGCCCGUGGACCAGAGUCCUUCUACAUCACCGGCCGAGUCUACCGUACAGACCCAGACGAUACCGGCUGCCACGUCGGCAGUCUUUCUGCCUCCCAUGGACAGCACAAUCUCCUUGCCGCCCCAACUCACCUCCGGCUUCAAGAAUAUAUCGUCCGUAGUACCUGGAAACACGGCCUCUGCUUCAGCUAUUGUUUCCCAGAGCCUGACAGUCACUCCCCAUCUCGGAGUAUCUCCCGGUGCCUCCUCUUCCGCUUCCCCGGGUACACCGCUGCAGUCAUCCCUUUCAUUACCGUUCCCCGUUCCAGGAGGAGAGACCUCGGUAGCAGAGUCUACAACCAUAGCCAUAGCAACUCCUUCGUCUCUCGCUUCCACAACAGCCACUGCAGCAUCAACAACUAUCCCAAACCCCCAACCCUCAGCAGAUACCCCUUCCUCCCUCCCCACAACACCAGCCUCCUCCUCAACCCCUUCAUCAACACUCCAACCCCAAGUCACAGGAACACCAAACAACCAAGUCCCCACAAUCCGCACCUCCACUCCAGCCGCGACAGCAACAAUCUCCCCCGCCGUGGCAGCGAACAAUCUCGCCUCUGCAAAGACAUUCAACACCCUCUUCGCCUCUCUGACGGAGCAAUCCGCCUGCACGGCCGGCCAGAUCGCCUGCGUCAAGGGCAACGUCGGUAUCUGCGGGGCCAACGGCGCGUUCGCGAUACAGAGUUGCGGGACCGGGACUUCGUGCUUCGCGCUGCCGAUGACGACGACGGAGGGUGUUAUUGUCGGGUGUUAUGAUCCCCAGGUUGCGAGCCAGAUCCUGGGCACGCCGGUUUCUGCGUCUGCGUCUGUGCCUGGUUCGGCGGCUACGACUACGACUGCGGUGCCAGCGCCGCCGCCGGCCUCUUCUGACCUCGGAUAUGAGAGUACUGUCACAAUCACGCCGACUGUGAUUGCGACGUACACCAUCUCGGUGACCGCACCAGGUGCUCCGGAAACGACUUCCGCAGUUCAGGCCCCCGGUUUCACGACGACCGUAUUUGUCACCCAGACCAUGGCCCCUGCUCCCGCGCCCUCAUCGACAGCAGCAGAAGGAGAAGACUCAUCCACCACAUCAACUUCCGUUCGUAAGACGCGCACUUCCACAGUGGAAGAAGAGACCUCAAAGUCCAGUCACUCCCGCACAACCAAAUCCACCAUCGUAGAAUCAUCCACAGCAGAACCCACAACAACGAAGGUAGCGAGCUCGACAACAACCAAAGCAAGCAACCCCUCAACACUAACCGGGACGUUCACCGACACCCUCAUCGUGAACCCCAUCCCGACGGACGCACCCUCCGUCGCCGCGGACGCGCCGAGCCCAAUCACGACGCCGAAACCCCUUUCCAUGCCGGCCAUCGGUGCUCAGCAGGGUGUGUCCGUCUUGACGGUGUUUGUGACUGUCACCGAGAAAGAGAAGGAGACUGUCACUGUUACUGUGACCAGGAACUAAAGCGGAGGGCCGUUGGGAAGAGCUGGGAGUCAAUACAUUUUGUGCCAUCAAAUUUACGUACCUAAUCUUGGGC